CUGAGAUUUUAUGUUACAUUAUCAUUUCAGGGCAAAGUGAGCGCAUUUCGAGCAUCGGGAAACGAAACAUUACGUGAAGGGCGUAUUGAAAAUAGUACGACGACCUUUCUAAGUGGUACUUCUGUUUGGAGUGUUCUGCCCGAGGGCACAAAAUCCGAAGCUCUAAUGCCAGCCAUACCUGAUCGUCCGGUUGCACUGACCGCAAUGAGUGAUGCAGCCGCAACGGCUGCAGCCGUUGCCUCAUACGGUACGCAUCUCGUGCCAUAUGCAACUAGCUAUGGUAUGUAUACAAAUAGUGCACACCAAAAUUAUUAUCAUCCUGUUUCAUCAUCAUUAAGGAGCACUGCUGCUGCCGCAUUUCCAUUUGCAGCCACACCUCAAGCAUAUUAUGGCAAUGGCUACUCUACGACUGGAUUUGACUACGGUUCAUAUCCAGCAACUGUUCAGUGCUAUAGUGGUCGUGGCGGUUAUUAUGGUAACACGAUUAAUCCAGUCUCAUCGACAUCAUCGCUUUAUGCAAUGAGCUCUUUGCCUACCGAUGUUGGGCCAAACAACCAACUUCCAGUGUUUACUUCAUCGAAAAGUGAUAUAAAAAAAUCAGCGAAAGGAGCAAAGAAGAAGAAGCUGGUGAACAGCCAUGGUGGUAGUUCAAGUCCAGAUGACCGUUACACUCGUGUUUUUAUUUGGGAAAUGGAGGACGUUUGCGUCUUAUCGAAUGUUUGUUUACGUUCUGGUGAUGCAAUGCGCGGCCAACGAUUCGCGAAUAUGAUUAAUGCAAAUAUUGAACGACUUAUUGCAUCUGCAUUUGGCAUUGAUCAUAACGAUGAAUGUGAUCAUGUGAAUAUCGAGGAUGUAAGUGUUGAUGAUUGUGUUGUGAAUGAUAUGAUGCACUACGCACAAAAUGGUUCGGAAUCACUAUCAACGACAAGCACUAGUAACAGUGGUGCAAUGAUAAGCAGCAGUAAUACAACAACAAAUAAUAAUAUACUUUCAUCCUCUUCUACAACUGCGAUUUUACUUGCAAAUGCUCAUUCGAAUAACGCCAAUACCACUCAAUCACUGAGUCGAGGUGGAAUUGAUUGGAUGCGAAAAUUGGCUGCAAAAUACCAGCAUGUCAAGGAGACUUACCUUCUUUACAAAAACAAUUAUGCUGGGUUUAUUGAAGAGAACAGUAUUAGUUUGGAGCGUGCCGAAUUGCUCGCUUUCAAGUCAACAAUAGAUCCACUUACGCAAGCGUGGACUGAUAGCGUAGCGAGAUGCUUGAAAGUUAUUGUCGAUAGAUCCUCUCGAGAACACUACGCGAAUAUUCUACUAACAAACGAAACUAUCAUAUGCACACUGGCGAAACUUUUGAUAAUGGAACAGAGUGCGAUGAUUCCCGCUGAAAAUGUGUACAACACGGCAAAAACGGGCAAAGAUUCCGUUAUUGAAAGAAUUUUGAGUCGAUUCGGUAAAAAGUGCUCAUUUGUUAUCAUAUCCACUCAACCAGAUACACAUGAAAUUGCCAAAAAAGUUAGUAUUAUUAUUGCUGUUAUUAUUAUCGAUACUGCUAUCACUAUCAUUAUGAUUAUUAUUACGACGAAGACUUUCUUCGUUUGUAAUGCGAAUCAAAAUGUUAAUGUUACGAAGGAUAAGGAGAAUAUUCCAUUAUGGAAGCUGAAAAAUGUGCACGAUUUGGAUUUAUUUUAUACGGCGCUGACACAUCACCUUCUCAAUUAA